ACCAACUCAUUUCCAAAUAAUGCGGUUCAGUAUGUGAGAGCUUUUGUACAAAGCAGUGGAGUCAACGGUUGACUGUAAAGAGGAUAACCAGAAAGACAUGAGCAGGCAGAAAGGAAUCUGACAAAGAAAAUAUUGAAGCUGUUUAAAAGACUGGAAAAGCUUGCGUGCAACUGGGAGAGCAAAGCUUCGAUAUCUCUGACAAGUCAUCUUCUAGUUGGAGGGAGUCCAUGGAUCUUCUCAUAAUUAUCAGCAUGUGUGCCAUAUACACCAUUGCCUCGGCAUGUCCAGAGAACUGCCUGUGCAAGGCAAGCAAAAUCCUUUGCCAAGGCUUUAUAAUAAAAGAAUUUCCACUCUCCAUCCUACCGACCACUGAAACCAUGUUUAUCUCCAACACCAGCAUAGAAUCAUUAAAACCGGCUGAUUUUGAGACUUUCGCAGCGAGCCUCACCGUCUUUGUAGCCAAGGAUUCAAGAAUAGCUGUGAUAGAACCUCAUACAUUUGACCAAACCAGAAAUCUCGUUGCCUUAGGUUUCAGUGGGACGAUGCUAACCUCUCUGCCACAGGAUCUGUUUGAAAAUCAAAAAGCAUUAUCAACUCUAACGCUGAGUAACAACAAACUAGAAGUUCUCCAACCAUCUCUUCUGACUCCUCUUGUAAAUUUGACCAAAUUAGACCUAAGCAAAAACCGUUUAACCUCUCUGCCAGCAGAUGCUUUUCGGGGUUUAGAAAAGCUGGAACAGCUCAUGUUGCAGAGAAAUGCAAUCAGACAGCUUUACAGCAAUGCUUUUCAAGGACUCAGUCAUCUCAAACACCUGUUUCUGCAGCAAAAUCAUUUAACAGAUAUACCAGCAGGCAUCUUCGACGACCUGGUAAGCCUUGAGAUAUUGCAUCUUCAAGACAAUACUAUCACUCAGCUACCAGCAAAUCUCUUCUCAAACUUGCCAAAGCUUAAGAAACUCUACCUCUCCAACAACAGGUUAUCAUUGCUUCCCAGUGCAAUCUUUCUGAAUCUUCCCAGCCUUACUCAUAUUUCACUGUAUGAGAACCAACUCAGUAGGUUAAUGCCUGAGACUUUUGGUCCAAUGGCCCUCCAGGAGCUCUGGUUAUAUGACAAUCUGUUAACCCACCUGGAGGAUAAUGUGUUUAACAACUUAACUGAGAUUCGUCUUUUGGUGCUUAGUAGAAACCGGAUUCAGCACAUUUCUCCAGGUGCUUUCAAUGGCUUAAUGGAACUAGAGGAGAUCUCUCUUCACACUAAUCGACUCACUAGUAUUCAGGCAGGGAUCUUUAAGGGUCUUCCAAAGUUGACUAACAUAUCUAUAGAGAACAAUCAAAUACAGCGCAUUCCCAUUAAACUCUUAGAUGGUGUGUCCCAUUUACAUCUUCUGGAGCUUCAAAACAAUUCCCUACCAAACUUGCAGAAAGAAUUUCUAGACUCUUUGUCCAUAGUCGAUAAUAUUAUGGUUCAUCAAAAUCCUUGGAGGUGUGACCAUGACAUAAUACCUUUUAGGGAUUGGCUUGGACAGUAUCCAGAGAAAGUGAAGAACCUUACUUCUCUGAUGUGCUAUGCUCCUCCGGCCCUGAACAGUAGAAAUAUAAGAGAUCUGAGGGAGGAUGACGUCAUGGUCAACCAAACAGCAACUGCAACAACGGUUGAUAUUUCUUCAGAAAGUACACAGGCAUACAGUGAACCGACAGAAAGACAUUCACCACACACUUCCCCAACCAAAACAUCAGACUCUACAACAGUCUCAGAAGAGAUAGAGGACACAAGCGGAGGUAAAACUGUGGGACAAGGUUUGUCCAAAGACAAACUCUUUAUCAUUCUAGCCAUUGUCUGUACUGCUGUCAUUGUCGGUAUCAUUGCCUGUGUGUUGUGGAGGAGGAAUAAGCGAGGAAGUCAAGACUUGGACCGUCAAAGAAAAAGGAAAACAAACUCAGUUAUCUAACAUUUAUAUAUAUAUAUGUUUUUUUUUAAUUCCUCUUUUAGCAGUUUUCAGUAGGUUUAUGAAGAGCUUUGUUUUUUAUUUGGCGAAUUCAUUUUAACAAAUGUUUGUUAUGGAUAUUUUCUUCUUUUUUUUUAGUUUUUGAUGUACAAUGAAUUUAAAAAAAUUAGAUAUCAUUUGAUGAUCAUAGCUCAUGAACGCUAACAAACAAAUAUACUGUAUUUUCCAUUCUUGCCACUGUCAAUGGUUAUACACUUUCUGCAGUUCAGGAGUAAACAUGUUUUUCCUCAUAGAAAAAACACUUUUAUAUAGUAAGCAAGACAUUGUAUAUUAAAAAUAAUCUACAGACACUCAAGGUUUUGGUUUUGGUUCAGAUUUGGUAUUUUCAAUGCUUAUUUUAUGUUUUGUUUUUUUUUUUUCAUCUUUUUUAUCUACAUGAAUACAUCUGCAUAUUUUCCAUUCAGUGUAUCUAAUUCUGGAAUUAACAAUAUAACAUCAAGCGGCUGUCAAUUAAUUUAGUUCUUUAAAAUAUUUUUGUUUGUAAAUUACUGUAAGAUGUUUAUGUACAUUUUACCUUUUAAAAAACUCAUAUACGCAGGAAAUAAACAAGAAAUAUGUUCAGCCUAAACCUGCUCACAAAUGUAGUAUGCAAAUGAGAUAAAAAAAAUACUAGAAAAUAAUUAAUUGAACUGAGAAAAAAAAAACUAAAUAUGUGUACAUUGUGAAACUCUUUAAAAGUGAGUUUGCAGUUUUUUAUCUCUCUUUAAACAGAAAACAAACUGUCCACACCCUUUCUGAUGCCUUACGCACAUGCAGUAUGAUAAUAGCAGGAUAGAGUCAUUAUAACAAGAGGACUUUGAAAAACACUUUCAACACUCAAACUGGGAAAUAAUAAACUGCAAAGCCUUCCUGGUGAUGUUUUUGAUAUUCUUCCAAAAAGCAGUAAACUGUACCUGAACAAAAACAUAUGGCGGUGUGACUGUAACCUGCGACCAUUCUUUGACUGGAUGAAGAACAAUGAGGACAAGAUUAAAUCAAAGCCACCAGAAGUUUGUGAGUCUCC